GGGGCGGCGGCCGCGGCGGGCUCCCCGCGCCUGGCGGUGGUUCUGCUGGCGGGGGCGGCGCGGGGGGGGGGGGGAGACCUCGAGGCGCGCGGGGCUGCCCGACGCCCGCGAGGCGCUGGCCGGGCCGGGCCGCCGCCGCCAUGGCCCUGGGCAAUUACAGCAGCCUGAACCGGGCCCAGCUCACCUUCGAGUACCUGCACACGAACUCAACUACCCAUGAGUUUUUGUUUGGUGCCCUUGCAGAACUUGUAGAUAAUGCCAGAGAUGCAGAUGCCACAAGAAUAGACAUUUAUACUGAGCGACGGGAAGACCUACGAGGUGGAUUCAUGCUGUGUUUUUUGGAUGAUGGAACGGGAAUGGAUUCAAAUGAAGCUGCCAGUGUUAUUCAGUUUGGCAAAUCAGCCAAACGAUCACCUGAGUCAACUCAAAUUGGACAGUAUGGGAACGGCUUGAAAUCGGGUUCCAUGCGGAUUGGGAAGGAUUUUAUCCUGUUCACAAAGAAAGAUGACACCAUGACUUGCCUCCUCCUGUCACGGACGUUCCAUGAGGAAGAAGGCAUUGAUGAGGUCAUAGUUCCUCUGCCCACCUGGAACGCACAAAGCCAGGAGCCUAUGAGUGACAACAUGGAGAAGUUUGCUAUUGAGACAGAGCUAAUUUACAAGUAUUCCCCUUUCAAAUCAGAACAAGAAGUGAUGGAGCAGUUUAAUAAGAUCUGUGGUGAGAAAGGCACCUUGGUGAUCAUCUUUAACCUCAAACUAAUGGAUAAUGGAGAGCCAGAGCUGGAUAUAACUUCUGACCUGCGAGACAUUCAGAUGGCAGAAACACCUCCAGAGGGAACAAAGCCUGAGCGCCGCUCCUUCCGUGCCUAUGCUGCUGUGCUUUAUAUUGAUCCCAGAAUGAGGAUCUUCAUAAAUGGACACAAAGUACAAACCAAACGGCUUUCAUGCUGCCUGUACAAGCCAAGGAUGUACAAAUAUACUUCAAAUCGUUUCAAGACCCGUGCAGAACAAGAGGUGAAGAAAGCAGAGCACAUGGCAAGGAUAGCGGAGGAGAAGGCUCGUGAGGCAGAGAGUAAAGCCCGUGCCCUUGAGCUGCGCCUCGGAGGGGAUCUCACGCGGGAGUCCAGGGUGAUGCUACGUCAAGUCCAGAACUCGGCGAUAACCAUGCGCCGGGAGGCUGAUGUCAAGAAAAGGAUCAAGGAUGCAAAGCAGCGGGCACUGAAGGAACCCAAAGAACUAAAUUUUAUCUUUGGUGUUAAUAUUGAGCAGCGAGAAUUGGAUGGCAUGUUCAUUUAUAACUGCAGUCGACUGAUAAAGAUGUAUGAGAAGGUGGGCCCACAGCUGGAGGGUGGCAUGGCAUGUGGUGGAGUGGUAGGCGUGGUGGAUGUGCCCUAUUUGGUCCUGGAGCCAACCCAUAAUAAACAAGACUUUGCUGAUGCCAAAGAGUAUCGACACUUGCUAAAGGCCAUGGGAGAACAUUUGGCUCAGUAUUGGAAGGAUGUUGCUAUAGCCCAGAGAGGCAUCAUCAAGUUCUGGGAUGAAUUUGGUUAUUUGUCAGCAAACUGGAACCAGCCUCCAUCUAGUGAACUGCGCUACAAACGCCGGAGAGCCAUGGAGAUCCCUACCACAAUUCAGUGUGAUAUAUGUCUGAAGUGGCGGACUCUCCCAUUCCAGCUGAGUUCAGUGGAGAAGAACUACCCUGAUAGCUGGAUAUGCUCUAUGAACCCUGAUCCUGAACAAGACAGAUGUGAAGCUGCGGAGCAGAAGCAGAAGGUGCCACUGGGAACUCUGAAGAAAGACUUGAAAUCACAAGAGGAAAAGCAGAAGCAACUGACAGAGAAGAUCCGCCAGCAGCAGGAAAAGCUGGAAGCUCUGCAGAAAACCACUCCAAUUCGAUCUCAAGCUGACUUAAAGAAACUGCCUCUGGAAGUGACCACACGACCUGCAGGGGAGAACACCCAGUCACAGACCCGACCUCAGCGCCCGCGAUCUCCUCCUUUACCUGAUGUAAUCAAAAAUCCCAGCAGACCACCACCACCUAUGCCUCUUCCCAAGUCCAUCAGUCAGCUGAAAAAAAGCUCUUCAGCUUGGACAAAUAUCAGCACUCCCAAACUGGCAAGCAUGCUCUCCAAGGAGGAGGCCAGCACUUCCAGGACACACCAACAAGCUGUGACAGCUGGAAAGUCUAACAGUGGUUUAAAAACUCUUGCCAAAUCAAGCCCAACAAUUAAGCUGUCCUCUGCUGUCCUGCAGACCCCCAAAAGCUCACGUGAGACACCCAGUCCAAAAGCUGUCAAGGUGCCAGCACUAAAGAAAUCUGCCUCUGUCAAAUGCCCACAGGCCUCUACCACUCGGAAGAGGACCCUGAACACCACAGAGGAUGGGUCUGAGGAGGAGGGGGAGCACAAGGAGAAGACAAAACGGGGCAAAUAUGUGGCAGUGAAGGAAGAGAAGAAGGAUUCCAGUGAGGUGGUGGUAGAGCUCACAGACAGUGCUGGGGAAGAAGAGCUGGCAGAACUGAAGAAAGCUCAGAAAGAUAAAGGGCUGCAUGUGGAAGUGCGUGUGAACAAGGAGUGGUUCACAGGCCGUGUCACAGCUGUGGAAAUGGGCAAGCAUGCAGUACGCUGGAAGGUGAAGUUUGAUUAUGUUCCUACAGACACCACACCAAGGGAUCGCUGGGUAGAGAAGGGCAGUGAGGAUGUGAGGUUGAUGAAGCCUCCCUCUCCUGAGUACCAGGCUCCAGAUACGCGGCAGAAAGAGGAGGUGGUUGUGGCUGAACCUUCUACCUCAGACUGUGUCAGAAUUGAGCCAGACACCACUGGUCCCAGCAGCAGCCAAGAAACAGUAGACUUACUAGUUCAGAUCCUUCGAAAUUGUUUGCGGUACUUCUUACCUCCAAAUUUUCCUAUCUCCAAGAAGGAGCUGAGUUCCAUGAGCUCGGAAGGGUUAUUGGUGUUUCCCUUGAAAGAAUAUUUCAAACAGUAUGAGAUAGGUCUGCAGAACCUGUGCAAUUCAUAUCAGACACGUGCUGACGCCCGGGCCAAAGCCUGUGAAGAAAACCUCCGCAACUCAGAGAGAAAGCUGAAGGAAACGGAGGAGAAACUGCAGAAGCUGAGGACUAACAUCGUGGCCCUUCUGCAGAAAGUGCAGGAGGACAUUGAUAUUAAUACAGAUGAUGAACUGGAUGCAUAUAUCGAGGACUUGAUCACAAAGGAGAUUGAGCAGCCCCAGUACAAGUCCUAG